AUCUGCGCACACUCUUAUACACACACAAACGCUCGCGCACGCACUUAAAUUCACGUUUGUUGGGGGCCGCGUGCUGCAGCAGCUGAAAAGGGGUUCCUAAUCAAAACGCAUCAGGGCCGUUCAUUCUCCACUGGAGGGCGAGUGGUACAAGAGCACCGGGACACUCCGGCAGCAGGGAGACGGGAUAGAGCAGCAGCCACUGGAAGACACACAGGCAGAGACACAGACAGACAACCACACAGAGAGAGAAUAUCCCGACCCGGACUCUGCAAAGCAUCAUUUCUUUUCGCCGUCGGAUUAAACCCGUCCCCGUCUCCAACACCGAUAUCAAGCCAAGACAUGAGCUCCUCCCACUGAACGUUAUUGAUGCUGAACUGAGUGGUCCAGUGCAGUCCUGCAGUGUUUCCCCUCCCCUCAAUUUUCUGUCCCUCUGUCUGUCACUUGGUUUGUGAGCAGCCAUGACAAAGUCCUACGAGUUUAACUGGCAGAAGCACCUGCCUGAGUUCAUGCAGGAAGGCGCCUCCUUCGACAGGUUUGAUGAGGACUACAUCUUUGAGCCCAAUUGUCAGAUGACGGUGGACGAGUUUGGCUUUUUCAUCUGCUGGAAGAGUGAGGGAAAGGAAGGCCAGGUUCUCGAGUGUUCCCUCAUCAACAGUAUUCGUGUCGGUGCGGUCCCCAAGGACCCAAAGAUCUUGUCAUCGUUCGAGGCCAUUGGAAAGACCGAGGCAGACUUGGAUGGCUGCAUCAUCUGCAUCUGCAGCGGCACAGACCUGGUCAACCUCAACUUCAUGUUCAUGGUGGCGGAGAACCCAGACACAGCCAGGAAGUGGAUCGAGGGUUUGAGGUCAGUGAUCCACAACUUUAAGGCCAACAACGUCUGUCCAAUGACCUGCCUCAAGAAACAUUGGAUGAGAAUGUGCUUCCUGACCAAUGUGAAUGGGAAGAUUCCUGUGAGAGGCAUUACUCGAACGUUUGCAUCUGGAAAGACAGAGAAGGGGAUCUUUCAAGCUCUAAAAGAUCUUGGCCUUCCUAGUGGAAAGAAUGAUGAGAUCGAACCAUCAGAUUUCACCUUUGACAUUUUCUACGCGCUCACACAGAAGAUCUGCCCUCGCACAGACAUAGAGGAACUCUUCAAGAAGAUCAAUGGGAACAAAACUGAUUAUUUAACUGUAGACCAGUUAGUCAGCUUUCUGAAUGAAAACCAGCGCGACCCUAGGUUAAAUGAGAUCCUGUUCCCGUUCUAUGACCACAAGAGAGCCACGCAGAUCAUCGAGAAAUACGAGAGAGACGAAGAGCUGAAGAAGAAAGGUUACAUGUCCAGCGACGGGUUCUGCCGGUACCUGAUGUCAGACGAAAACGCUCCAGUUUUCUUGGACCGGCUGGAGCUGUACCAGGAAAUGGAGCAUCCGCUGGCCCACUACUUUAUCAGCUCCUCCCACAACACUUACCUGACAGGGCGACAGUUUGGAGGGAAGUCUUCAGUAGAGAUGUACCGCCAGGUCCUGCUGUCCGGAUGCAGAUGUGUGGAGCUGGAUUGCUGGGAUGGAAAAGGAGAGGACCAGGAGCCCAUUAUCACUCAUGGCAAGGCCAUGUGCACAGACAUCCUAUUCAAGGAUGUUAUCCAAGCCAUCAAGGACACAGCAUUUGUGACCUCAGACUACCCUGUUAUUUUGUCCUUUGAAAACCAUUGCAGUAAACCACAGCAGUACAAGAUGGCCAAGUAUUGCGAGGAGAUCUUCGGUGAGUUUCUCCUCAAACAGCCUCUGGAAAACUACCCGAUUGAAUCUGGGCGCCCUUUACCCUCUCCAAAUGACCUCAAACGUAAAAUCCUCAUCAAAAACAAACGCUUGAAACCUGAAGUUGAACAGAAACAGCUAGAGGCCUUUAAGAAACACAUGGAGGCAGGAGAGACCAACACCCCUGCCAUCAUUAUGGGAGAGGAGAAUGAAGAGGACACAGAGAAUGGUGUAGGAGAAAAGGAGAUUGAGGAUAAGGAGUUGAAUUCUGAGGCCCCCAGCAGUCUGUCAGAGGCAACCACUGAGAAAGAGGCCAAUAGCGUUUCCCAGAGCAACGCUGUCCUCUCAACGAAAGAGGAAGAACGCAGCAACAGUAUAAAGAAGGCGCCUGACGACGAAGCGACAGAGAUGUCCGAAGCCACAGAAGCAACAGACGCCACAGAUAUCUCAGAAGCAUCCGACCUAGACAAUAACAAGAAGGUUGCGGAAGAGCCAGAGGACUCGGAAGAGGCUCUGAUAGCUCAGUACACCUACGUAGGAGCCACCACCAACAUUCACCCAUGGCUCUCAGCCAUGGUCAACUACGCACAGCCUGUCAAGUUCCAGAGUUUUGAUGUAGCAGAGGAAAGGAACAUCCACCAUAACAUGUCAUCUUUUAACGAGUCCGUCGGUCUGGGCUAUCUGAAGACGAAUGCCAUAGAGUUCGUCAACUACAACAAACGUCAGAUGAGCCGUAUCUACCCCAAAGGGGGCCGGGUGGACUCCAGUAAUUACAUGCCUCAGAUCUUCUGGAACGCAGGCUGCCAGAUGGUCUCACUCAACUUCCAGACCCCAGAUCUGGCCAUGCAGUUGAACCAGGGAAAGUACGAGUACAACGGCUCCUGCGGUUACCUGCUGAAGCCUGACUUCAUGCGGCGGUCAGACAGGAUGUUUGACCCUUUCUCAGAGACGCCAGUGGAUGGAGUCAUCGCUGCAACCUGCAGCGUACAGGUGUUCUCUGGACAGUUCCUGUCAGAUAAGAAAAUCGGUACGUACGUUGAGGUCGACAUGUACGGGCUGCCGACAGACACCAUCCGGAAGGAAUUCCGCACACGGAUGGUGAUGAACAACGGACUGAACCCAGCCUACAACGAGGAGCCCUUUGUCUUCAGAAAGGUGAUCUUACCAGAUCUGGCAGUACUGCGCAUCGCCGUCUACGACGACAACAACAAGCUGAUUGGCCAGCGCAUCCUGCCUCUGGACGGCCUACAGGCUGGCUACCGUCACAUCUCGCUGAGGAACGAGGGCAACAAGCCCCUGUCGUUGCCCACCAUCUUCUGCCAAAUCAUCCUCAAGACCUACGUGCCCGACGGCUUCGGAGCAAUUGUCGAUGCCCUAUCGGACCCAAAGAAAUUCUUGACCAUAGCAGAAAAAAGAGCUGACCAGAUGAAGGCAUUGGGGAUUGACACGAACGACAUAGCGGAUGUUCCCAGUGGAAGCUCAAAGAAUGACAAGAAGGGAAAGGGUAAAGGAGACACUAUGAAGGCCAGUGUGACACCACAGACCAGCUCAGACAUGGCCCAGACCUCCAACUCUGCCCAAAAUAACACAGCAGAAACCAAGAAGGAUAAUGCACUCGUGCCUAAUGUCAGCAUUGAUGACUUGAAACAAAUGAAGACGUACCUUAAAUUGCUUAAAAAGCAACAGAAGGAGCUCAACACUCUAAAGAAGAAACAGUCAAAGGAUCAAAACACAAUGCAGAAAGCCCACUGCACCCAGAUGGACAAGAUGGUGUCUCAGCAUGACAAGGAGAAGACAACCCUGGAGAAACUAUUAGAGAAAGCCAUCAAGAAACGGGGGGAAAACAACUGCCAAGAGCUGAAGAAGGAGACAGAGGACAAGAUCCAAACACUGAUUGCCGAUCACAAAGUCAAGGUAAAGGACAUCACAGCACAGCACACGAAAGAGUGGUCAGAGCUGAUCAGUAGUCACAGCAGCGAGGAGCAGGAGAUGAAGGACAGCCACGUCACACAGCAGUGCGAACACCUCAAGAAACUUCUAACCACUGUCCAGGAGCAGCAGACCAUGCAGCUCAAACUCAUCCAUGAGCGGCAGAGCAAAGAGAUGCGUGCCAACCAGGCCAAAAUGUCCAUGGAAAACAGUAAAGCCAUCAGCCAGGACAAGUCCAUAAAAAACAAGGCAGAGAGAGAGAGGAGAGUGCGAGAGUUAAACAGCAGCAACACCAAGAAGUUCCUGGAUGAGAGGAAGAGGCUGGCCAUGAAGCAUCAGAAGGAGAUGGAGCAGCUACAGAAAAACCAGAGAGAACAGUUGGAGAAACUGGAUAAGUUCAAUGAGCAGCUUUUGAAAUCGCACCAUGCAAACAAAAAGGUUCAAGGCCAAGGACAUGCAGCAGAUGGUGAAGUUGGAGGAGGAGAUGGACCGCAGACCUGCCACGGUGGUGUGAGCGACUGAGACUGAGACACAAACACACACACGUGUACACACACACACACACACACACACACACACACACACACACACACACACACACACACACACCCCUCUACAAUGGAGACAUUCCUGCCUACAGCACUGUCUCUGUAGUUUUCCGUCAUGUUCACACACAAACAGAGUAGCCCUCCCCCACCACUCAGUUUCCGCACCCUUACCCCACCCACUAACUUUAUACCACUGAGCCAUUGGUGCUUAUCACUGUUUGACGGGGUGUUUAACCACUUAUCGAGAGAGGAAAUGUGGAGGCAAAGUAACAAAGAAUCAGAAGUAUCCCCUUUUCUUCAACGUUCUCUGCAUCCUACGGGCAACACAAGCUGCAGCUAUUGGUGGACAAACACACACACACACACACACACACAGCACACCCACCAACACAUUCACUCACAGGGAGGUGGAAAUCUGUUCCUUUUGACUUUUUUUUUUUUUUCCUUCCUUCUUUCUUUAAAAAUCGGUACCCGAUUAACCGCUACAGAAACAGCGUGGAAGAGGGGAGAAGACUAUGUAUAAGAUGAAAUGUCAUUUCAGCACAAAUUAAUAAACUUUGUGAAAUACACUGUACGCUACACACCAGUCCUGUCCUGAGCACUUUGUUUGUGAUAGGCCAUCAUAACAAUGUGGAAAAUGUAGCAGUGCACUAUGGUAGUUUUUUUUGUAUUUCAGUAAGAAUGUAUUUAAAAAGAAAUCACUGUAUGAAGGAGUGGCAAACCCCUCUAUGUCACCUAUACCUACAAUGCAAGUUGUGUGACUUCACAAAGAUGUAUUACUGACUUUUUUGUUGUGCAACAAUGUUACAGCCAAAGUAUUAUCUUGCUGAGUCAGAAGACUUUAAAGGGAUCACGAUGGAUGUUCACUUUGAUUAUGGCCUAUUUCCCAGUCAGAUUUUGGUUUUAAUUACUAGGAAAUACCCAAGAGAUUGUGUAAAUGCUGUGCUCAACUUCUACUUGAAAAUAACAUCCAUCCUUUUUUACAAUUGGGCUCAAUCAUCAUAAAAUUACACCUGCAAAACUCAACAUUUUACCAUCCUAAUUUGGGGUUUAAACUCAUGUAUACAGUACUAUGCAAAUAAACAAACACAGGAUUCUCUCAAAGUUUACAAAAGAAGGAAAACCAAUAAGGACAGUGACCAAAAUAAGUAUCUGUAAAAACACAGUAAUAGUAACCAACGUGGUUGCUUUUUCAGCCUUUAAGAUUAACGUUGUGAUAAAAUUGUUGGAUCACUACAAACCAAGGCAAUGACAUGAGUAGUUACAACCCCGAAUUGAAAAGAUGAUAUAAUAAAGGAGACAUCUACCAGUAAGUUAAAGGUUAAGAUGGAUUAAAUGGGUUUUCUUUAAGGAGUUUUGCACUUGAAACUUUGUGAAAUUGUGCCGAAUCUGUAGUACAAAUAAAAUAAAUGUGUAAUAAAAUGAAUCCAUUCUUGGCAGCACAUUAAUUCUGCUGUAACACAUUGUGUUAAUUGACAGAAGUCAAAGCCACCUCGUCUAGCCACUAUCCCACUCAUUAGGGCAAUGUUGAAGUGAAGUGCUCACUUAAUAGCUUCCUGACUGCACGUUAGCAACUUCAGCUUGUAAUCCUAAUCGUUUCCCUGCUCGCCUUUGGUCAGGGGAUAUCAGACUGAAUAAUUGUAACAGAUCUGUAACAAGUCUGUGAAAUGGCUGCCACACACUUUCCACACCAGGGAUUUCAGACAAGGCCUGUACGCCUGUGGGCCCCAAACAGGUUCCCUCUUACUUUUUGUGGGAGUACAGAUUGGCUUAAGGAAGCACUAUUGUCUGCAGCCCUGGUGACAUUGUUGGACAAAAAGCCACUGCACAGAAUGAAAUGUGACGUGAAGUACUAUUAUGAUCCUGUGGGUACGGUAGUAUUUGCGCACAUAUGAUCAUGUCAGGCAUUCACAUUGCAUGACAUACCACUAACAUAGAUCGACCAAAAGUCAUAAUGAUGAUGUGAAAACACACAAAAACAUGGGGAUAAAAGCACCUCGAGGUAUUUUGGCCGUUUUAGAGGAUUUUAUUUGUGUAUUAUUCUGCUGUAACACACCUAGGGUAGACGGGAUGUUCUUGUAUAUACUGGAAUGUAUGUAGUUUAAUUUACUUUGACCAUUUGUGUUCUGUCAUAAAAGGGCUCAGGGGAUAGAGUGGGUCUGUUGGAUGUUGGGGAAAGACAUUUAUCAACCACUGGGUUUUUCUUGUUCUUUUUGUCUCCGUUUUCCAGUCUGCCCUUACUGCACCACACGACACAGUACAGUAUAAAGCUCUCACCACAUAUCUAGUGCAGAGAUAAAAUGAGUAAAAAGUGCUUUUAAAUUUUAUUCCAUCGCUUUCAAAUGUGCCACUCAGUGUCUGUUAGGAUGGUAAAAUUAUUUUAUGAAUGAUAAAAUGCCAAAUUAAGGGGUUAUUUAUAUGAAGUUAUAUAUAAAUAAAUGAAUAUAUAUAUUAUAUAUAUUAGAUAUAAUGUGUAGUUUAAGAUUAUUAUGUUUGUUAGAGGCUUUUUUGCACUAGUUGAAUGUUUCUGUUGUGUGAUUACAUGUAACCUUUGGCUUUCUAGUUUGUCAAAAAAAAGCAGAUUAUUUUUGCAGAGCAAGUUACCGAUUUGAUUUCCUCAGUUUCUACUGUAUCACCUCUUUGUUUUCUAUUUGAACUGUAGCUUGUCAACAAACCAUUCUGUGUGUGUUUUUGUAUUUAUAUUGUAUUGUUGAACUUAAAGCAAUGAAAAUACUGUUGUUAUCCAGCUCCUUUAAUACUGUUUUAUAGUAUGUGUACCAAUAAAUCCAGGUGUAAAAUGGGACAUAA